AUGAGAGAUCAACCUAGUCCAAGAUAUUGUAUAGUUAAUGAGGGCUUAAUAUGGAGGCCACUUAUAUCUGCCCCUGAAGUAAUGAUGAAUUAUACUAGAGCAUUGGGAGUUUCUAAUUAUUUAGAAUUUCAAGAUAUAUUUAGUACAGAAGAUUGGGCAUUGGAGAUGAUAGAAUCUCAAGUUAUAUCGGUAUUGUUAGUAUUUCCUCUUACUGAAGGUUUCAGAGAAUUUAGAUUGGUGAAUCAGAAAUGUUCAGAUCCAAUGACUUGUGAAAUAUAUAAACUGAUGGAUAAUAACGAAUUGUGGUUUAUGAAACAAGUUGUGGAUAAUGCUUGUGGCCAGAUAGCUCUAUUCCAUUCCAUUCUAAAUAAUAGGGAGAAUUUACACUUAAAAGAGGGAAGUUUAGCACACAAGCUUGCGGCUAUAAAUGGCCCUAGUGCUGCUGAUAUAAGGGGUAAUAUACUUAAAACUGAUCCAGAAUUUUUGACAACUCAUGAUAUGGUUAUAAGUUGCUAUGAUCGAGAUUUAAAUGAUAGUGAGGACUAUAAAGAAGUUGAUACACACUAUGUUGUAUUUGUUGAUGUAAAUGGAGACCUAUAUGAGUUUGAUGGUCAACUACCACACCCAAUUAAACAUGGCAAAAUAAAUAGAAACUUAUUGAAGUCUGCAGUAAAGGUCAUCAAACAUAAUUUUUUGGACCACUUUUUAGGAGGUAAAGAAUCCAGAUUUGCAAUACUAGCGAUGUGCUUGGGCCAAUCAGAGGAGAUAAAUAUGGAGAAGUUGGAUAAAGUUGAACAAGCAGAGGAAGUAUCCUAA